AAGGCGAAUUGGGGCCUAGUCCAACCCAACCAAAUAGAAGUGGAAGUCCAAGUCAACUGAAGCUAGACUGAAGUGGAACUGUGGAGGUGGGUUCUUCAUUCAUUUCUUCUCUCUCAAUUCUCACUAGAACGUAACCAACAUGGAAUCGCAUUUCUUCCUCCUCCGAUGUUUUCUCCUCCUAGCUUCUGCCGCAUGUUCUCUUUCCCACCCUUCUCUCCUCGGUGUUCACCCUCUAGAUGAGAAAUAUUACAGCUCUGAGGUAAUCAAGUGCAAGGAUGGAUCAAAAUCCUUCUCCAAAGAUCGUCUCAAUGACAAUUUCUGCGAUUGCCCUGAUGGCACUGAUGAACCAGGAACUUCAGCUUGCUCGGCUGGAAAAUUUUAUUGCAGAAACCUGGGAAGCAAGCCACAAUUUAUAUUCUCUUCUCAUGUUAAUGAUCUUUUCUGUGAUUGUUGUGAUGGGAGUGAUGAAUAUGAUGGACACAUUCGGUGCCUCAACACUUGUGUAAUGGGUGGGAAUGCCGAAAUUGGCAAUUACAAUUCAAAACUGAGUCAGCAGGCCUCUUUUGCUGGAAAAGUGACCAAAGAUGAAGUGAAGUAUGAGGACUUGGUUCAUAAUCUUAUGAGUUUGAGGUUAGCAAUUAUUCUACAAGUGGUUCUGCUUGCUUUUAUCGUAUUUCUAUGGCGUUUUGGUUGCCGUUCCAGAUCUAAAAGGAGGCGUACAAUUGAACUGAAGGAGAUCUAGCUAUUUAACUGAUACUGAACUGUGGUAUAUUUUCACAACAAUGUUAAGAAUAGUGGUACAUGAAACUAAUGGAAAUAACAUACUAAUAACAUACUAAUGCUACUGUUGAAGUACACUGCUAAGAAUGCCAGGCAAGAGAAGUUUAUCCUAGGAAACAUAUAUUGAUGGGAGAUAGCCAAUGACAAGGAUUCAGCCAAAGUCUCAAAUUUGUUUGUUCUCUCAUAAGAACAAUGCACAUUGAAGAAUUCAUUAGUCAAUGUAGUAAGAAUGAUGGGUGCACAAGUCUUAUUUCAAGAAAUUCAAUCCUCUAUCUUGUUAGGCUCCACCGAUAAUCUGGUUUGGGAUUCUACCAAGAAUUUCAACUCCAUGCAUGUCAAGGAUGGAGAGAACCCACUCUUGCCAUCGCGUGACUAAUUGAUUUUAAUUGUUAUAGGUUAGGCUGCCUAUAUUAUAUACCCUUUGGGUGCGGUCCUUCUUUGGAUCUUGUAUUAAUGUGGGAUACUUGUGCACGAGGCUGCCAUUUUUUAUUUGUUUUUAUUUCAAUGUUCAAAGCGAAAGGGAACCUUGGUGGAACGUUGAAUUGUCUCCGCGUGCAAAGUCACGGGUUCAAACAUUGGAAUCAACCACUGUUGCAUUUAUUUGGUUAUGCUAUCUAAAUUACACCUCUAGGCACGCUCCUUCCUUAGACCUUGCUUAAUGCGGGAUGCUUAUGCACUGAAAUGUCUUUUUGCCCUUUUAUUUCAAUGUUCAGAGCAUAGCCAUUUUGAUUAAAGUUGUAUAUGUGUUUUUGUAACAUUACGAGAUUUUAUAAUUUCAUCCUCUUAUUUUAUCUUUUGGGUGUGUGGCUAUGCCUCGUGAUUAUACAAUUUUCCAUGUAAAGGAUCAAUUUUCUGGUAUGUUAUCAAUA